GCGCUGCUGCUGCUGCUGCAAGUUUCUUGGCCCCGACGAAACCGUUCAGAAAAGUUUGAGACUUGAAUCGAAAAACACGCACGCACGCGAAUAAAAAUAGGCAACGGAGAUCUUCGCGGACGCGAACCUUCAAACUCGUGAUAAUUUCGGCGGCCGACGACGGCGUUCUGGUUCGGGCGGUGCACGAGUUUCGUGAACGGUGAAAAAUUGCGUGCGAGACGUUUUUUUUUCCCCGAGAAAAUUUCUUAGGAAAAUAGCCAAAUCGCAAAGAAGCAGUGACCUCGUCGCGGUGUGGAAAUUUUUUGACGGCUCGAUAAAAAAGUGACGUUUGCGCUCAAGGUCUCACACUGCCCGUGAGGAGAGUUUUCGUGUGUGUGUGUUUCUGUCCUUGUCACGCGUGACAAGUGAGUGGGAAAAAGUGGUGAAUUUUCGCGGAAAUUCUCCCCUUUGAGAAGAAUUUUCCAGCGAAAAUGUGAGAAUAUUCUUUCGGCUUCUUCUUGACAUCCCUUCGUGCGGUGUACAAGUGCGUUGUUCUCUUCUUUGCGCGAGAACGAAAACACACACACACACAGGUGGGUGUGAGUGCGACGAAAGAAGUGCGAAGGAAGAAAGAACACAGCAAAAGCAAGGAGCAGCGAACUGUUUGUGUGGUGGAAUUUCGUGUUUGAAAAAAAGGUGUUUUUUUGCCCGUGCUCUCAGUGGCGGCAUGUGUUUUUUCGAGAUCGGAACUGUUUGAGGGAAUAACAACAACAACAGCAAGGAUCGAAGGAUCAAGAGUGAUCAGAUUUCAACCCACUUGCUGCUGCCGAAUCAUGCGAAAGCUUAGGAAACUCCACCUCGUGCUGCAAACAGCUGAUUCCCGAAGAACCGCCGGUGACGGCGAUGGUGGUGUCAUCCGUUGAAUCCGCUCGAUGUCUUCGACGCCGACGCCGCCGCGUCACGUUCUCUGGAGUGUGAACUCGACUCGACUGUGUCUAUCUGAGAGGUGUCAAUACACUGUGCGCUUGCGAAAUUGACGCUUGAAUUGUGCUAGUGUUGGUGGUGCUGCUUCAAGAGAAAGAAUAGGCGAAACAAAUAUAAUUUGUAAGCAAAGUAUAGCUUGUUCGGAGGAGGAAAAAAUAUUUACGUGUAAAUUAUACGGUGAAUAGCUGCCGAUUCUCGCGCUCGCGUCUGUUCUGGACGACGCAGUCGUCGCGAUCAAUGAAGAGAGGAAGAAGGCCCGGGUUCGGUUGGGCUAGUGAUGUGAAGAUCCAAUCUUGAAAAAGUGUAUUAUUUAGUGCUUCUUAUUCGGGGGUUUCGCAAAACGCCCUCGAUCAAACGCGAGGAAGAAGAAGAAGAAAAUAAAUCGUAUUAGUGCUGGUGCAAAGUGAAAUAAAUUGUCCAAAAAGAUAUGAAACGGAUGGAGUCAUCGGGCAUGGCUGCUUCCGGUGGUUCGGCGGGGGCCAGUGGAAGUGGUGGCGGAAGAAGAAUGUCCGCCGAGUCGGGUGGAUCGGGCCAGAUUACGCUCGAGCGGCUCAGGGAGAUGGGCAAGAAGAACGCGUCGGCUCGGGUUCACCGGGAGUUGGCGGUGACGGGUCAGUCGGAAAGUUUGGGCCUGCUGUUGGAUUACUAUCUGUCGCCGGGCCGGACCAUUACCGAUGCCGAGAGCAUCGACUGGUGCAAGUGGCUGAUCGCCGGAGGUCGUACGCCGGGCGAGUUUGCCUCGAUAGUGCGCGGCUACGACAACCACGCCAAGUGCGGCCUGGUGUGGAUUCCGCACGUGGUGGCCUACCGGUGCCGGACCUGCGGCAUCUCGCCGUGCAUGUCCAUCUGCCGGGACUGCUUCAAGCGGGGCAACCACACCGAUCACGAUUUCAACAUGUUCCUGUCGCAGGCCGGCGGUGCCUGCGACUGCGGCGACACGUCGGUCAUGAAGGCCGAGGGGUUCUGCAGUGACCACGGCAUCAACAACUGCCAGAACAAGGCGCCCGUGCCGGACGACCUGAUGGUCGUGGCGGAAGCCAUGAUGCCGCGGAUGUUGCUCCGGCUGCUGUUGCACUUCCGCGACCACAACGCCAAAAACCACAACUCGACGGUGUACAGCCGGACGGCCAAGUACUGUGAUGACUACUGCAGCAUGCUGAUGGAGUUCAACAACAUGGGCGAGCUGAUGCGACGGGUUAUGACCAAAGCACUGAUCCACGAGGACACGUACCGGCGGCUGGUGGAACCGCCCUUUCCCUCCAACGAGUACGGCAAGUUCCUCGAGCACAGCCGGCGCAAGUACGAGGAAGCGGUGCGGCUGUUUCCCUCGCCGGAACCACCCGACGAGUAUCGGCACCUGCCGGCCCUCGGCGAAACCAUCGUGCACAAGACGCUGCUCGAGGAGUUCAUCUUCUGGACGUUCAAGUACGAGUUCCCGCAGAACAUUGUGUGCUUCCUGUUGAACAUGCUGCCCGACCAGGACUACAAGGAACAUCUCACGCGCACCUUCGUCAUGCACUACUGCCGGAUACCGAGCGUGCUCGAGAUGUCCAACGAUCCGGACACGCUGAGCAACCGGGUCGUGCACAUGAGCGUCCAGCUGUUCUCGAACGAGAGUCUCGCGCUCAAGAUGGUCGAGGAGCUGAGCCUGCUGCACGUGAUGAUCAUCAGCUUGCGGCAGAUGAUGUCCAAGAUAUUGGUGGCGAACACGCUGCACGAUCCGAAGAAAAACUUCCACUACGUGAUCGACUGCGCGAAGCGGGUCAUGAAGGAGCACUGCUACUGGCCGCUGGCGUCCGACUUUAACAACGUGCUGUCGCACGAGUCCGUCGCGCUCGUCUUCCUGAAGGACGACAACCUGAUCGACAUGUGGUUCCAGUUUCUGUCGAUGUUGCAAGGCAUGAACGUCAACAUCCGCGAGACGGGCAGCCACGUCGAGUUCGAGCCCAGUUCCUACUACGCCGCGUUCAGCUGCGAGCUGGAGGCGAGCGCGUACCCGAUGUGGUCCAUCAUCUCGCACCUGAAAGACCCGUCGCACGCCCCGCUCGCCAAGAAGAUCAUGCUGUUCUGCGUCAACUACCUGCAGGACUGGCUGGACGCGGUCAACUUUUACAUCCACCCCAAGUUCGACAAGGAGGAGCUGUACCGGGCGUCGUUUCACUUCCCGCUGCACCGCUACCUGGCGGCGUUCAUCUGCCAGGGCGUCAAGACGAUGAGCAUGUCGCUGAGCGACAUCCUGCCGUCGGCCGACCUGCUGCCGAUGCUGAUGAUGCACCCGCUGCGCGUUCAGAGCUUCUUCUACGAGAUCCUGUCCGGCAUCUGGGUGCGCAACGGGCUCCAGAUCAAGGGCCAGGCGAUGACGUACAUCCAGGCGAACUUUUGCAACUCGAUGGUGGACAUGGAUCUGUUCUUCCUGCAGAUCUGCGCCACCCAGCUGCCCGCGAAUCGUUUCCUCACGGAGUGCAUCUCGAUCUUUGGCGUGACCGACUGGCUUGGGAUGGGCGUGCUGAGCGCGCCCCAGGAGAUGGAGCAGGACUCGAUGCUGGAGGGACUGUUGACGUUUUUGGCGACGCUGAUUACGUCGCGGGUUAAUUUGGGGAACGACGAGACGACGCAGUGUAUUAUUGAGAUUAGUGCGCUGUUGGCGACGGGGGACAAGACGCACAGUCAGCUGCUGGAGUUGAUGCCGGAGCGGAGUGGGAAUGCGCACACGCGAAACUUUGAGAAGUUUUUGAAGGAGCUGUCCGUGUACCGGCCGCCGCCGGUGGGGUCGGAGAAUUUGGAGCAGGGACUGUUUAUGCCGGUGGGGGAGGUUUGGGAGCGGUGGUACGAUCCGUUGCACGUGCUGUUGAGGGCGGUUCACCGGCGGGACUUUCAGAACUCGAUGGAUCGGUUCAGCGGGUACGUGAAGGGCGUGGGGAAGAUGCCCAAGAGUGGCAGCUUGUGGCCACCGUUCCGGUUGCCGAGCUCGUGCGGACGGGUUUACAGUGACCCGGGUGGGAUACUGAGUUCGCGGGUGUUGCACGCAACGCUGUUGGCGAUCUUUUAUAGGGCGGUUCACACGCACAGCGUGUCGGAGCACAUGUUGGCGUUGGCGGUGUUUCUGCUGGAGAUGGCUGUUAGUAACUGUGAGUCGAAUAAGGACAGUGGGAGCGAGUUGGAGUGUGGAGGAGGACGUUCUGGGGGGAGUAGUGCGGUAAGACAGGGCUCGGUGGACGAGUCGAGUCCGGUGGGGGUGCCGUCGGCGGUGCCGGAGCUGUUGAACUGCUAUCCGAGCAAUUGUUUGAGUGAUAAUUUGAAGAUGACAAUUAGGCGGAUAUCGUUGCUGCCGGGAGAGCCGCAGGUCAUGCCGGCCAACUACCAGAACCAGAGCGCUGGGACGCCCACAUUCGAUAGUGACGUUGAGUGGGAACUGUCGGAAAGUGAAACGCUUCCGAUGUUGGUUGGUAGCGUGGACAACGAAUACGGGCAGCACUUGAACAACAUCGGCGCAGAGGUAGCGAUCCCGCAGGAUUUGUCCGUGGUGCGGGAGAGUUCGCUGGCGCGACGCAUGGACGACGACGACGAUUACGGUCAGAUGAUGGUGGACGACGGAUUGCAGUCGUUGCCACCGAUCAGCCAGCGGCAAGCACUGACCUACAACAACAACAACAACGAAAGCGCCAGCGGAGGACGACUUCCGCUGCCGGCACCUCCGUCGCCGGGUUCGGGGGCGGUCGCGAUACCGCGCGUCACCAGUGAAAUCUACAACGAAAGCAGUAUGGAGCUGGUCAUUCGACACGACUUUCCGCUUGCGCCAAGCCAAACGUCGUCGAUCGUGAGUGGGGAAGCCACGCGUACGAUCACCCCGGACACAACCAUGUUCUCGUCCUCGGUACCGUCGAACGCGGGUCUCAUGUUGCCGUUUAAUCGUGUUCAACCGGUUGCAGUUCCUAGCCGACCUCCGUUGCCGGCGCCACCCGUCAACUCGACGACGACCGUUGCCAGCACGGCAUCGGCGGCGAGCAUCGGCCAGCCGAGUUCGCAGCUGGUUCACCAGCUGGCUUCAAGCGGUGGGCGUCCGCGGCACAAGCGCCGUAACAUCGAGGCUUCCGGAGAAUCUACCGCCCACCACCACGAACCGGACACGGUCGCCAUCGAGGAGAGCAUCCUGUCGCUGCUGCUCAAGCUGCACUCCCAGCUGAGUGGGGCGCUGGACAGCUUUUCGCUCGAGGAUGAAACUCAGGGGGAAGAUGACGAGGACCGGAUGGACCAGGACGACGAUACGAUGAGCAGCUCUUCUAGUCAGAUCAAACUGUCGGAGUCGCGGAUCGGCGACGGGCCGUUCUUUAUCGGCAAUCUGCUGCGGAGGAUCGCGCGGUUGGACGUGAGCUGUGCGCGGCGAAUCAACGAGAUCCGGCACAGCCUGUGGCCGAACCAAAGAGAGCGCCAGGCGGAACAGAAAGCACGCGAGGCUAAGGAACGGGAGGAGCGGAGUAAGCGGGCGAAGGAACGACAGAAGAAGAUGAUGGAGGAGUUUGCGAGCAGGCAGAAGGCGUUCAUGGAGCAGGCAAACAUGGACUGCUUCGAGGGCGAUGAGGAGGAGGAGGAAGAGAUGAUCGAGAUGCCACGGGAGAAGGAGUACGAUUGUAUUAUCUGUAACACGACGGGGCCGAGUACGGAGUCGAAUCCGAUUGGGUUGGUUGUGCUGGUUGAGUCUAGCAGUAUCGUGGGUCAUCGGCGGAAGGAGGCGGACCGAUGUCCACUUCCGGUUAACGACGACGACAAGGCACGGCUCGAACGUAACGUGAAACUCGCGGCCGAGUUUAACAAACGGGUUGAACUGCUUCAGUGGAAGUUCGGCACUUCGUCCUGGUUCCUGUCGCACAACAUUGGCUGGGAGGGCGGAGUUCACGUUCAGUCCUGUGGCCACCACGUGCACCUAACCUGUCAGGACUCUUACCUUAAAUCUCUUCACACGGCGGCCCGUCCGCAGAACCUCAACGUUGAGCGGGGAGAGUUCUUCUGCCCGGUGUGCCGCCAGCUCGCCAACUCCGUACUCCCGCUCAGUCCCAGCCUGGACCGACCAACGCCGCUCAUUCGCGCCCCCUCGCCACCCUACGCCACUCUAGUCAACGAACUGAUGAAUCUCAUCAAGGAGAACAAACGGCCCCCGACCACGACCAAGUUCUACGAAGCGAUGGGCCGCGCCAUGGAGAACAUGACCAGCUGCACGCAGCGCAACAUCAAGAAACACCCCGUCACCAUUCAGUCCCUCUUCUCCUUCGUCAUCUCCAUCGCCCGCAUCAACCUCGAGUCCGAAGUCAUCCAGCGCGGAGGUUCCCUAAUCACCCAGAAGGACCUCCGCUACAAACCCAAACGGGACUGCAUCGUCCCUCUGCUGCACGUGCUCUCGCUGCACGUCCGCCUCAUGAUCAACGACGACUCGCCGAUGCGCUUCAAGGUGGGCGAAGAUUGGCCAGCGUGGCGCUCGUGGGCCACCCUGUGCGGACUUCAACUCGCGCAACGACAGCAGGAGGAAACGAGCGGAUCGGGAUUGGCGGCGGCCGCCGCUGGCGCCACCACGACCGAUAUGGAGGACAGCACGGGGGGAUCGGCGGCUGCGUCGUUGCCCACGUUCGGAACGAACGACGUGAUUCCGGCCCUGCUGAACGAUCCGUGUGCGUUGAUGUUGAAGUUUAUUCUGCUGGCGCCGCUUCACUUGGAUCAAGCCUACUUCACCAGCAUCGUCAAGGUCACCUUCAACCUCCUCUACUACCAAAUCGUGCUCCAGCUGUGCACGCACCUGACCGAGGACGAGUGCGACCGGCUCGUCGAAGACUACUCCUCCGCCUCGCCAACGGUCAUCCGCGAAAAGGGCGUCCCGCACAUCGGACCGGCCAUGGCGUUCGUGCUCGCCAACCUGGACCGCUGCCGGCACAUCCGCUCCGACAGCGUCCUCAUGACCGAUCACAGCGCCAUGGACGGCGGCGGCGGCGCCUCCACCCCGAACGGCAGCAGUGACCCCUCGCCCCGCCCAAAGCUGGACCUGGACGUGCUGGAGAAGCGGCUGCAGCGGCUGUGCCUUCCGUUCCUGCGGGUGGCCGCCCUGCUGCGGCACCACAUCUACCAUUCCGAGAUUCCGGAGAUCCCCGGACCGCACUGGGAGUUCAGCCGGCUCGUGUACUACCUGGAGCUGGUCACCGUCAGCAUGGAUCUGGACAAGUUCAACGCGGCGAAGGCGUUGUGCUUCCUGCCCGGCACGGAGCUGGCGCUGCCCAAGUUCUGGUGCGACCAGCUGCGCGAGAUUCGCCCCACGUACGAGUCGACGCGGUCGCUGAUCGUGGCGCAGCACGUCGAGUGGCAGCAGCCGAAGCUGCUUGGGUUGCCGCGGGAGUACGAGCGGUUGUUUACGUACUACCACGAGCAGCCGUGCCUCAAGUGUCAGAACGUGCCGAAGGAGAGCUCGAUCUGUCUGCUGUGCGGUACGAUCGUGUGCCUCAAGCAGGCCUGCUGCAAGGAUCAGGAGUGCUGCGAGGCCGUGAGGCACUCCAUCAGUUGCGGUGGCGGCACGGGCAUCUUCCUGGUGGUCACCUCGACCUACAUCAUCAUCAUCCGGGACCGGCGGGCCUGUCUGUGGGGAUCGCUCUACCUGGACGAUUACGACGAGGAGGAUCGCGACUUGAAACGCGGCAAGCCGCUGUACCUCAGCGAGGAUCGCUUCAACCUACUCGAGUCCCAGUGGCUGUCGCACCGGUUCGCCCACACCAAGCACACCUGGGUGUGGCACCGGGAUUCGCUGUAAGCUGUGUGUGUGAGCGUGAGGUACGUCCGUACGUGCGUGUUUGUGUCUUCACUACUUCUGUGUUGUAGUGGUGUCGUGUGUUACCUUGUAUGUGUGUUUCUGUAUGUAUGUGUGUGUGAGCGUGAGUCAACUUGUGAAUAUGUUUCCGUAAGUAGAGUAUAACGAAAAGACUGUGUUUGCUGUGGAAGCGAACUUUCCUUCCUCCUCGAGAAAUGUAGAAUGAAAAGGAUAAGCUGCGAACGACGGGGUAAUUUCAUAGAAGGAUCGUAGAGUGAAUAGAAAUCUAACACGAAUUGUUAUUUAACCAUAAAGGCUAAAGAGAAAAAGAAACUAAAACUACUACUCUAAACCUAUGAAAUAAAUAUAUAAUUAUGAGAAUUUCUUGCUUUGUGAUAUUUGUAAUUGUUAUCCUAUGCUUAAUGCUUUCAUUAAAAACUAUAAAAUCUAACUUGUACGACACUCUCGAAGAGAAGUAGAAGAAGACGCAUGAAAGCACUUCUUGAAAGUAAUAUAAAAAGUAAUACACGAGCUAGUUUAGUGUUAGACGAAAAGUGUAGUCUUACCAAAACAGAAACAAAAAAUACACUUGUUCAACCAACUCUAUAAUAAACAACAAUUUCCCCAAAAACCCCAUUUUAUCUGACUGCGUGUUUACUUCUCGGCUUCGUGUUUUGUUUUUGUUUUUUUAAACCUUCGUUUAGUUUAGUGAUAGCGAACAACUCUUCAAAACACGCUUUGCUCAAAGUUUAAAUCUUUUCUUCGCGAAGCUUUGAAGUGUAAGCUAAAUUUAAAAUAAAAUACCAGCAACUCUAGGAAUUAACAAAUUGUUUACUUUUUGCGGUAUUAGGUUUCAACGAGCGCGGCCAACGGAAUGAUGAACCGUUGACCAUAAGUUAGUAUUUCUUAUUAUUUUUUUACUUAGCUAGGAGUAUUUGUGGUUGUCGGAAGAAUGGGAGGAAGUAAAUUAUCAGUGACCCAAGUAGAACGAAGAGAGACGAAAGAGGGGAUUGAGAGUGAGGGUAGCGUUCGCGCCCCCUCCCCCUCCAAAAUAGUUACUACUGUACGGAUUAUGUGAAAUCUAUAAAAAACCAAUAAUUAGUGUUUAGAGCAAUAAAUUAAUUUCAUGAAAUAUUACGCAAAAGUA